CUUUCGAACGUUCUGGCGCCCCCGCGAGCGCUGGGGCGCCCCGAGGCAGCGUGUGGCGGGCUCUGGACAGGAGAAUCCAGGACCACGUGCAGCUGCCUCCAUCCUCUGUGCUGGACCCCAUUGCCCCUCCCAGCGCCGCCUCCAGAGCCCUGGCGCAUCUGUGAGAGCAGCGACAAUGCAUGAAUCUUUGGCUGCCGGCCCUGAGAUGAGGAGAAAUGUUCCCUCAGAGGGGACAGUGUCAUUUGAAAACGUGGCUGUGAACUUCACGUGGCAGGAGUGGCGGUACCUGAGUGAAGCUCAGAGGACCCUGUACUGGGAUGUGAUGAUGGAGACCUGCAGUCACCUGGUGUUCCUAGGGCACUGUGUUACCGAUCCUGAGGAGAGCAUCAGGUCGGAGCAGGGAUUACAGUCGUGGUCUGUGGACGAUCCACCAAACCAGGACCUCUCAGGUCCAAUGUUCAGGCAUCUUUAUCAUACUUCCUGGAUGGCCCCAUGGGAGUUAAAACACUUCCAUCAUAAUCAUGCUUUUUCUAAGAUGUGGCAAAGAGCAGCUCAGGUGUCACCGCUUCAUGACGUCCCCCAUGACCCUGAGUUGGGUUCAGAACACCUGGAUUCCCUCCAUCCAAACACCUGUCUCACUGUUAUGGAGAAGGUGCCAACUCCACAUGGCAGCCUCGGUUUCUACACAGAACCCAGCACAGACUGA